GCGCUCACUCUUCUGCUACAUAUCACAAUUUACGCGACGUCAGUUUCCAGCACCCGACAACUAAUAUGGAGGCGUUUGAAGACGAGAACCCAUUCGAGAGCGAGCCGGAGCGUCUCCAGUCGGACAGCUCCUCUUCGAGAGCGAACAUUUCAGCCCUAUCGUCCCCUGUCCCACAGGAGGCCCGCGUCUCCUCCCCACCGACAUCACCGAGGAGACAGAACGCGUUCCCAUCUCCAGGGUCUCAUAGGCAACCUCAGGCGUUCAAGAGCGACUUCUGCUGCGCGCGGGACCGGUGGCUGCACUCCGGCGAGGAUGUCGAGAUUAUGAUUAUGGACGCUUUGAAGACGUCCGUGAACUCGUCCACGCCGUACAUCACAUACGCCAUUAGGGCCGGGACGGCGGAAGCGCACCAUAGGUACUCGGAGUUCGAGUCGCUGCGGAGCAACCUGGUCAAGCUCUACCCCACGCUCAUCAUACCCCCGAUACCCUCGAAGCAGACCAUCGGCGACUACGCCAUCAAGCAGGCGAAGGCGAAGGAGGACGCGGCGAUGAUUGGGCGGCGGAAGCGCAUGCUGCAGACGUUCCUCAACCGCAUCGCGCGCCACCCUAUCCUGUCGAACGAGCACAUCUUCCACCGCUUCUUGGACGGGGAGGUUUCGUGGUCGGAAGUGCUGCACUCUCCACCUAUAUCGCAGCUGCCCAAGAACAUUCUGAAGGCCCCGUCGCACAACCCGACGGACCAGACGGUGGCGCUGGCGUAUGCUGCGCUCCCCAAUCCUUCGGCCGCGCAUCCGCUGCGCAGGCCGGAUCAGCGGUUCCUGGAUUCGGAGGUGUUUACGAACAAGUUCGCGGCCCAUAUGAGCGGGCCGAUGGAGAAGGUGACGCGGCGGACAAUGAAGCGGUGGUCUGACUUGGCACAGGAUCAUGCGGAGCUAGGUGCUACGCUGAACGGCUUCAGUCUCAACGAGACGGGUCAGCUCUCAACCGCCGUGGAGAAGACUGGGCAGGCUGUCGAUGCGACAUAUAUGUCAACAACGAAGCUGUUGCAGGAGUUUGAGCAGAAUUGGGCGGAACCGCUGCACGAAUACACGCAGUUCGCGUCGAUUAUCAAGAAGCUCCUCCAAUACCGGCAUCAGAAGCACGUUCAGUAUGAAAUGACGCAAGAAGCACUCGAGGCCAAGCGAGAACAGCUGGAGGAGCUGGAGAAGAAUGAGCGGGAGGCGCGGCGGUUGGAGGAAGCGCUCAGCCAAGGUCGGCCAAGCACCAUCCGCGCGUCAACAAGCCGAAGCGACGACGGCGAGGAAGCGGCGGGGACGGGCGAGCAAGAGGGUGAAGAGGAAGGUCCCGUUCCCAGCCACCGGCAAGAGGAGUCGGCCUAUUUGCCUCCGCAUCCAGGGCCCAACCCUGUGAAGCGGAGGGCACCAGGAAUGGGCUUGUUGAGCGCGCUGAGUUACACAUUGCAUGGGAUGAUGGAUGUGGACCCGGAGACGGCUAGGCGAAAUUCGAUUACGAAGAACAAGGAGACCAUCUCUCAGCUGGAGGACGCGCUGCACCUGGCGGCGCAGGACCUCAAGUACUCGAGCUCGACGAUCCAGGCAGACUUGGACCGCUUCCAGCGGCAGAAGGUGGCGGAUCUGCGGGAGAUGGCCAUGAGCCUUGCGCGGAGCCACCGGGAUUGGUGCAAGAAGAACCUGGAAGCCUGGGAAGAGGCGAAAGCGGAGAUUGCGAAGAUCCCUGAGCACCCGAACCGCCUGCCUGACGACGCGACUAACGGAACCGCGGCGCAUGGGAGGAGGGACUCGUUGGCGACCAUCGGGGAAGGUCAGCAGUAGUAGUGGGAUGUUGUGCAUGUCUGUGGUCGCGCGGCGGACAUUGUUUGUGUGCUGUUGGAUGCGCUCGGUGCGAAUGGAUAGGAUUUUGACUUUUGGGUGAUU